CUACCUGACUGGAGUUCAGUCCUGGAAAAGACAAAAGUAAGGACUGGACCCCUUACUGCGCCCGGCACCUCGCUAGCGCCCGCUGAGGAGGUAACAGAGCGGAGGGAGGCAGUGAAGUGCUGAGAUCAAGCUCCCGGGUGACGUCGGCGCUCACCCCAGAUGCCGGGUCCUCGCCUGGGAACCGUUCAUCAAGGUCUUACAAUGACAGGAGACAGAAAGUUAUAUCUGAAGAGAUUCGCUGUCCGCGGAGCAUAGCCGCCCUCGGCCUGUGCACUACUUGUUUGGCAAUGCUCAGGAGAUUGACUGUUUCACAGGUGCUCUUUGCUGUCGCCCUUGGAAUUGCUGGAGGAAUGUAUAUUUAUCAACCAAUAUUUGAACAAUAUUCCAGAGACCAGAAGGAAUUAGAAGAAAAGCUGCAAGGGUUUCAAGCAGCAGAAGAGAAGAAGAGCUAAUUCCGCGUCCAGUGAAUUUGUAGGCACUGCUCGCCAUUCUAUUGAAAUUACACAUGGACUAUUAAUCUAGUAAAAAUUUAGAUACAUUUUAAUAAAUAAAUCAUGGGUAAAGGAUUAAGGUUAUUUGUUUAUUUAUAGUUUUGUUUUCAAGACAGGGUUACUCUGUGUAGUCCUGGCUGAACUAGACUUUGCUCUGUAGACUAGACUGGCCUCGAACUCAAGAGAUUUUCUUGUGUCUGCCCCCCAAAUGCUGGGAUUAAAGGUGUGAGCCACCACAACCAGGCAAUUUAAGCUAUUUAUGACAGUUCUUUGUUGGUUUGUUUCAGGGCAAGAGCUCACUGUGUAGCUCGGGCUGGCCUCAAACUCUAGGCAGCCCAACCUCAGCUUUCCAAAUGCUUGGUUUAUGGGGCAUUUGUUUUUUAGAUAGGAUCUAUGUAGCUCAGGCUGGCCUCAAACAUGCAAUCCUGCCACUGGUGCUGGGAUUACAGAGUCUCAACACAUCUGACAAAUAAGAUAAUUCAUUAAAAAAAAAAUACUUCUUUUUACAACAUCUUGAAUUUUACAGGCAAAUGGAUGGAGCUAGAAAACAUCAUUUUGAGUGCGGUAACCCAGACCCAGAAAGACAAUGAUCACAUGUACUCACUCAUAAGUGGUUUUUAAACAUAAAGAAAACCAGCCUACACAUCACAGUCCCAGAGUAUCUAGACAACAAUGAGGACCCUAAGAGAGACAUACAUAGAUCUAAUCUAUAUGGGUAGUAGAAAAAGACAAGAUCUCCUGAGUAAAUUGGGAGC